CUCACAUUUUGAAAUCCACAUUUUCUCUCCAGCCGAGUGUUUGCAGAUAAGGAGGCCAUGAUGGCCGGAGCUCUGGAGAUGGCCGAUGAGAUUGCUGCUCGCAGUCCUAUAGCUGUGCAGGGCACCAAAAUCAACCUCAUCUACGCCAGAGACCACAGUGUGGCAGAGGGACUGGACUACAUGGCCACGUGGAACAUGAGCAUGCUUCAGACUCAAGAUGUGAUGAAAUCCGCUCAGGCUGCCAUGGAGAAGAAGAGUCCAAAGACAAUAGCCUUCUCCAAACUCUGAACCUCACUGAGGCACAGUUCAGAUAUAACACAAUUGUGGCCUUUCUGUGGGAAGGGGAUCCAGUCUGUUCUACUCUGAGCUUUUAACACCCCCCGUUUUGUACAUCUGUAAAUGACUUCAUGAAUGUUUUACCUUAUUAAAAAGAAACUGAUUUGAAA